AGUAUGAGAAAAGUGUAAAGGUCUAGCAAACCAAGUGAAAGUUAUUGUAAGAGAAAUACACUCUGUGCAACAAAUUAUUUACAUUACAACGCUCUCACAGGACUCGCACACUCUUUCGUCGUUUCAAGUAUACAGAUAUUACUGAAACGCACAGUUAAAAAUUCCGUUUUGGGCAGUACGGCCGUACGACUUAUUUUUUACUGCCAUUACUUUUUCUAUAAAGACAAAGGCAAAUCUAAGAAUAUUCAAAUAAAGGCACAAGGCAUUAGGAGAGCGAAAAUGUUUGGAUUCUGCGUUGGCAUUUGCAAAUAUGAGGCACCUCCACCCGACACCAUACUAUCGAUGCCACCACCACCCUUACCGUCAUUUUUGUUGCCGAAUAUUGCCACUGCAGCAGCGCUUGUGGCAACUAACGACACCAAUCCAUGCUAUGCACCCUCACUGUGCAACCCCCAUCCACAUCCCAACGAAGGCGAGGGCAUUGAAUUCGUCGAAUUAACUGGCACCGAUUCGAAAGUAUUGGAGAACACUUGGGUUUUAGGUCUCAUAUCGUGUUCGGUCGGUGUAAUUAUUUUAGGUGGACUCUUCGCGUUCAUUGUGUUAAAGUGCAGAAAAACGCUGUUCUCCAGUUGUAAUCUAUCUUAUCACGAUUCGAAUAUUAAACAGAGUGGCAUGAAAUCGUUGGGAGAAUCUUCAAAUAAAGCAAAGCCCUUUACGGCUGGUGGUAUCCUGUACCCCGUUACCACGACCAAUAAUCGUGACACUUUGCAAUCGCAAUUGGCUAAUGACAGUCGCCUGCUUUGGGCCACAUUAACUCCACAUGGCACAAGGCACUUCAUCUCUGACUAUCCCGUGGGUAAUGGUAAUGGAACUGUUGUGCAAGAUGGUCACUAUGAGAUUGUAGACUAUCGCUCUAAAGUGCAGAAUCCCACUUAUCGUGAAUAUACUAAACGUGUGCCGAUAAAGUCCUUCGACAAUAGUGGCUUUGUCGACUAUGACUACGAAGAUCCGACACCACUUAUGGACUCCUAUCAUGACGACUUGGACUCUGGCUAUCAGGAGCCACAAGAAGUGCUACACACCCUACAACGUGUCUCACCACGUCCCGUAGUGUCAUCACCAACACGUAUUGAUAAUCCGAAUAUGGCACCGCUCAACUACUAUCCAUCACAUCGUUCCAAUCAUCACUUAAACACCAAUACACUACAAUCGAAUCAUUCAGCUGCCACUUUAAAUCGCAAAGCAACAAUGACACGUCGCAUAAGUGAUGCCUCAAUCUAUGGACCAGCUGCCGGCACAACACAGUGAAGUGUAAACGGUGAAAUUACACAAGUUGUGUAGUGAAACGCACUCCAGUAUAGCUGGUAUAGUGUGGAAAAAAGUGUUGAAAUUAUAAAAUCGUGGCUUCUGUUACAAAAGCAAAAAAAUCCAUAAAGGAAAUGUUAAACUUGUAUCGUCAUACAACAACACAUACAUACAACGAAGCGCGGAUUUGAACUGGAGUUUGAAAAUGGGGCACUAAAGAACCACAUUGAGAUAAAAUAGUUUUUGGUGUAUGAAAUAUAUUAUAAAAUAGUGUUUUUUUAUAACAAAUCAAACCAAAAUAAUUGACAUUAAAGCAAAUCAAAAUCUCAAAGCAUUUCGAUAUAAUUAAUAUGAUAUUUUCGCACUUAUAUAGUGCAUUAGAUAAGCAGUUAUUAUUAUAUGCCGCAUACACACUAAAUAUAUCAUGUGGAAGCAAUAUUGUCGUAAAAAUCUACUAAACUUACAUUACUCAUUGUAAUAUUACAUUUAAAAAACUGAAUUACUGGUUUUUCUCUCUAAGAAAUAGCAAUGAAAUAUUCGUAAGAAAUGUGGAAAGCAAUGUCUAGCACUUCAGCAAAAGCAGGCAAAUGCGUAACCACACUAUUUGAAUUGAAUUAAAAACUACGCUAUUUUAUGGAAAAAAAUUAAUUAUUGUAAUAAAAAAUAAGCCUACGCUUUAAAAUACCAAUCGUAUAAGCAGUUGCGAACCAUUUACGUAAGUAAAUAAAGAAUAAUAUUUUAAAAUUAGUUAAGCAAAUGCAUCAUGUAGCAACGCUCUAUAUUU